CUUAUAUCUCCGCCAUCUCGUCCGUCACAGUGUUUCUUUCACGGCGAGCGGCCGCAGUCCGUUGACAGGGACCGACCAGAGGCGGCUAUCUUUGGGGACCCGUCGCCGUUGGCCGGUUGACGACGCGACUCGGGUUGCAGCGUCGGCGCGGUUCGAGCUUUGCGAAAGAUACUACAGUCGCCGUUCCGUGGUGGCAUGAGGACGCGACGGUAGCCGCUGCAUUGCGUGGGCUUUUGGUCAUCGCGUUCUUUUUCGUAGCCCCCGAGAAAUCGAACAGGCAGGGAUGUUCGCACCCUGCGGCCGGACGUGCCUUUGCUGGCUCCUGCUCGUGUGGCCGCUUCUGGGGGUGCUCGCCGAAGAGAAGUACCGGUUUUUCAGGAAAACUGCCAAGGGCCUACGUGACGAGAUAGAAGAGACCUGCAGCCAGCCGUGCCAGAACGGGGGCAAAUGCUACAAGGAACGAUGUGCAUGCACGCCCGGUUUCCGUGGACAGUACUGCGAAUAUCCCCUUUCGCUGUGUGACCUGCAGAGGGCUGGCUUCCACGGGACGUCCCAGUGCAACCACACGCGGCUGGCCAGCACCUGUGUGCUCGAGUGCAACCGGGGACUGAAAUACGAAUACCUGCCGCCUACCAACGUGUACAAGUGCAGCGCGGCUGGAGAAUGGUCGCCUCCCAACUUGCCCCGCUGCGUCGAUGGUCAGUGCAUAUAUUAA